AUGUUACGAGCUAAUCAUCUCAAUGACGAAGAAAAAUCGAGCCUAUACGAUAUCUGCUCUCAAUAUUCCGACAUUUUCCAUUUACCCGACGAUAAACUGUCGACCACCGAUCUCCUAAAACACGAAAUAAAUACGUCUCCCUCUGAACCUAUUAACGUCAAAUCAUACAGAUUCCCCGAAGUUCACAAAAAGGAAGUUGAAACACAAAUUUCUAAGAUGCUGUCCCAGGACAUUAUUCAACCCUCUGUUUCCCCCUGGUCAUUCCCAGUUUGGGUAGUCCCCAAGAAAAUAGAUUCCUCUGGUCAAAGGAAAUGGCGCAUUGUCAUUGACUACAGAAAGCUUAAUGACAUCACAAUCGGCGAAAGUUAUCCUAUACCUCAAAUCAACGAAAUAUUAGACCAAUUAGGUCAAAGUAAAUAUUUUUCAACCCUCGAUUUAUGCUCAGGUUUCCACCAAAUUGAAGUCUCUAACAAGGACAUUCCAAAAACCGCGUUUACGGUUCCUCAAGGGCAUUUUGAAUUUAAACGCAUGCCGUUUGGACUUAAAAACGCACCUGCUACUUUCCAACGUCUUAUGAAUACUGCCCUUGCCGGACUUCAAGGCAUCCAUUGCUAUGUCUACCUCGACGAUAUAGUAAUAUAUUCACACGAUCUUUCAUCACACUGUGAAAAACUGGUAAAAAUAUUCGAUAGAUUACGUAAACAUAACCUCAAACUACAACCCGACAAGUGCGAAUUCUUCCGCAAGGAAGUUGGCUACCUUGGUCAUACAAUAAGCGACAAGGGAGUAAGUCCAAAUCCUGACAAGGUCAAGGCCGUGUCACAAUUUCCAGUUCCUAAAUGUCCAAAGGACGUUAAGUCAUUUUUAGGCCUAGUAUCCUAUUACCGCCGUUUCAUCCCUGAUUUUUCUAAAACCGCGAAACCUCUUACUACAUUACUAAAAAAGGACAUUCCUUUCUUUUGGUCGAAUGAACAACAAAUAGCUUUCGAAGAACUAAAAGGAAAAUUAAUCUCUGCACCUAUACUUAUUUAUCCUGAUUUUUCCAAACCCUUCGUACUUACUUGCGAUGCAUCGAAUUAUGCGAUAUCAGCCAUUCUAUCUCAAGGCGAAAUUGGGAAAGAUCGCCCAAUCGCCUAUUCGUCAAGAACGCUAAAUAAAGCGGAAACUAACUACUCCACGACAGAAAAGGAAUGCCUAGCUAUAGUAUUUGGUACUAAAACAUUUAGACCAUACCUAUAUGGACAUAGAUUCACUAUAGUAACGGAUCAUAGACCAUUAAAAUGGUUAUUCAACUGUAAAGACCCGGGUUCCCGACUAGUUCGAUGGCGUUUAAAAUUAGAAGAAUUCGACUAUAAUAUUGAAUACAAAAAAGGUAAAAUAAAUAGUAACGCUGACGCCUUAUCUCGAUUUCCCGUAAACCCCGUUCAAGAUAACGAGGAUCCUAUUCCUUCUACAUCUAGGCAGGAUGUCGAGGAGCUAACACCCGACUUUAGCCCUAUAACUCUAGAAGAUCUCGAUAUACAAGUACCAUCUGUGCCCUUGGAUUCUGAUGAAAUCCCAUCGGUAGACUUGUUAGACAAUGAUGAUGGUCUCACCGAUAUUCUAAGUCCUGAAAAUAGAGAAAACUCACCUGAAAAUCUAAAGCUUCCAAAUCCUUCAGUUGAUAAUGAUGCCAUAGAACCCCCAUCAUUGACUUCUAAUUCUGAUGAAACUUAUUCCAAAUUCCUGAAAACAAUGUCCGGAAAACAGUUCGAUAGUAAUACCAAAAUUAUAGAACAUAAUGAAAAUAUUUUCAAAACUAAUUGUAAACAUAUAGUUCUACCUACCUCUAUCGACCUCGAUACAGCUAACCCUUAUAUAGAGGAAAUCCUGAGUGAAAUCGAAGGUUCCUCAGAACUCUUAAGUAAAGAAAGGACACUGUUUACUUGUUUAUCCUUUGAACAUAAAAAUAAGCUCUUCUAUUUCUUAUUUACAAAAGUUUAUCACUUUGAUAGUUGUUCUUAUGAAGACAUCUAUAAAAGCCUAAUAAAUCUAAAACAUCAAUUACUCUCGAUACCAGGCGAAGAAACCGUAACCUUGGCUAUUAGCGACUUCCGUAAUCCCUUUGAUAAACACGAUUGGCCAAAAAUAUAUAAUAUGUUUUGCUAUAUCUUCAAUAACUCAAAUAUAUCUAUUGACAUUUACCAUAAUUCGUUAAUAUUUCCCACUCCAUCUGAAAUAAAGAAAAUCCUUCGGGAAAAUCAUGAUAUCCCUAUCGCUGGACAUCUAGGUACGGCUCGCAUGUUAAAUAGAAUAAAAGAAAGAUAUCAUUGGAAAAAUAUGCGAUCAGAUAUCGAGCUAUAUAUAAAAAACUGCUCGCAAUGCCAAGCCAAUAAAGCCCUUAGGCAAACUAACCGCGCACCCAUGCAAAUAACUACUACAUCCACAAAACCCUUUGAGCGCCUUAGCAUGGAUCUCGUAGGCCCACUCCCGGAAGCAGGCCUAACAAGACUUAAGUUUAUUCUAACUAUGCAAGAUGACUUUACCAAAUUUUCUUUCGCAUAUCCUAUUGCAAACGCCACUUCGGAGGACACAUGUGAGUGCCUUGUACAUUUCAUUUCCUUAUUCGGGAUUCCAAGAAUAAUCCUUACAGAUCAAGGAACCAACUUCACCGCAGACAUGUUCAAGAAGACCUGUGAAUUCCUAAAAAUCAAACAGAUCUGGUCAUCUCCUUAUCACCCGCAAACUCAAGGCGCACUUGAACGCAGCCAUUCCACACUCAAAGAAUAUCUAAAGUCUUAUGUUAACGAAAACCACACAGACUGGCAUAAAUAUGUUUAUACUGCUAUGCUCGCUUAUAACACUUCGGUCCAUGCUUCUACUAAUUUUACCCCAUAUGAGCUUCUCUUUGGCCAUAAAGCUUUUAUCCCUGACUCCGUGUAUGAAUUCAAUUCCCAAACGACUUACCCUGAAUAUAUUAAAUUUCUACACCAUCGAUUAAAACUCUCAAGGGAGAAAGCCCUUGAAAACAUCCAAAAAUCGAAAGAAAAAUCAAAGGAAUACUACGAUGCCCACUCUCGUCCCGUUCGAUAUAAAGUAGGAGACUACGUCUAUCUGAAAAAUCACGUAAGAUUACGUAAAGCCCUAUCACCCGUUUGGAAAGGGCCGUAUAAGGUCGUCAAAAUUAAUGGCCGCAACACUUUAACUCUACUAAUUAAUAGACGACACGUCACUCACCACUAUGAUGAAGUGAAACUAGCCCCUAGGUCCAUUACAUAAAACCCUUAUUUUAAGUAACUAGUAUGUAAGCAUAGUAAUUAUAAUUAUCUUACAUUAUAUUCUAUUUCCUUACAGUAAACUUUCAACGGGUCAAGAAUUCGUCAAACCCUUAACAAAUAGUUCUGGGAUUUACUUCGACCCCAUAGGAUCCUUAAGUUUAGUUGAUAGUUAUCUUAGUGUAGUAAUUCCUUUAAAAACAUCAUUUAUUAAUCCACAUAUUACUAAUUUA